UGCCGGCCGGCUGCAUGCUGAAGCGAGCCGAAUGAAGGACUCCGUCCCGCCGCCCGUCGGGCACAGGCCGCUGUAGGUCCUGCUUGCACUUCGCUGAUAUACGGUGCUGUGCAACGGGGCAACGCUUCACGAACAAUUUAAAUCAGACUCUUUGUGCGUGUGUGUCCCGGUGCCCGAGGCAGCACUGCCGUGUUGAGCUGACUUGUACAGGGCCUUUGUUUAUUUUUCGAAAGCGUGACAUCGAGCUGCCAGGACCUCUUCGUCAGUUACCGUUGCUACAACACGGAACCUGCACGAACUUUAAAAUGGUUGAUGCACAAAAAAUACCUUCAGGGGAGUAAGAGCGUAUUGGGCGCGUACCAUUACUGUGUAUAAAUAUCAAUGAUAUAUUAUUGCAAAUAUAAAUAUUACUGUCAAAAAUAAAUAGAUAAAAAACUGCCGUGCCCACUUUUGGUAAUAUUACCGCUCUUUUCAACUUCCAGUUAAUUAGCGCGAGUUUCUCCGUCCCGAUUUCCUACAGUUUGAAAUGUAAUUAAAUUAUACAUAUUAUACUAUAAUCUGCUACUGUCGUUUGAAAGAAAUUAGAAAGUUUUGCUUUUACUUUUUCACAAGAUCUCGCGAUGUGAUGGCCUGUAACCAUGGCAACCACAGACGCCAUAACUUGCUCGUCUUCAGCUGCACAAGCAGAAGGAAACACUUCCAGCAUUGCUACAAGUGGGCGGAAAAUUAUAGCCUCUUUAAACAGAGUCGUUUCGCUGUGCACCGAAAGACAGCGAAGAUUUCGUUGUGCGCCUUGCCUUAUUUUCACCCAUGGAGCAGUGCCAGGCGGGUGGCGUUCAGAUCGCGGUACCUGUCCAACUCACCGUGUUGCGAGGCAGGAAUUUGUGACCCUUUUUGAAAUCUUGCCAAAGGAGAAGAAACAGAAAGAAGAGAAAACUGUUGUUUUGGGCCAGGCUGCUGUGGACUUACUGCCCCUGCUACAUGGUCAGUACACGUUCACCACGACUGUAAUAUUGCACCCAACAGCAGGUUCAUCAGCAGAAGUAUCCACUCUGGAGGGAACGAGUAAGCCAGCAUUGGAUGUGGCCAUCUGUGUUCCAGAACCUUUGCUCUCCGAUGCUCAGCUUGCAGACUCCAAUCUGCUGAAGGUGGCUGUUGAAACUGCCUACUCGGUCCCUGAAGUCUGGAACCUGGCAGGUCCUGCGUUCAACUGUGUGGCUGCCCUGCAGGUUCCGGUGACAGCUGAGAAGGAGCAACUGCUGCUGUUCUCCAACGGUGUCCUGAAGCAGGGGGGAGAGAGGGAGCCCACACCCAGGCUGAAGAAGUGGCCUAUGGGUCCUGUCUUGGCCCCUGGAGCCCAGUUCAUCCCAGGGGCUUAUAUAGAGGCUGAGCCUACUGAGGGGGAAGAUGGAGAGCUGACUGGUGUGGAGGACAGGGAGUUCCGAGCCGACGCUGAGUGUGCUAGGAAGCGGGUGAGCUGGGACACAGAGAGGCGCUGUUUCGUGGAGGCAGGAGGACUGGGCUGCCUGCUGAGGCGCAUUGCUGACUGCCGUUUCUGGCCCGUGGAGAUCAUGAGGACGCCACAGAGUAACACCACCAAGGCAGGCAAAACUGGCAAAGACAAGGGGGGGGAAGAUGACGGACAGAUCUCUUUCCACGGAGUGGCGUAUGUGGACAUGGCGCCGCUGCUGUAUCCAGGAGUGAAGCGCAUCAGGGGAGCCUAUCCGGUUGUCCCUUUCUACGAAACAGACCUGCUUGCCAAGACGAAGCGCCAGGGCAGCGUCCUGCGAGACAGCCUGCGGCAGGCGGGGGGGCCUGGGAAGGUCAGGGCGCCCUCCUCCAUCGGCUCGCCCCACUGCAAGGGGGCGCCCAGCAAGAUCCUCAAAGACGAGAAGGGCGCCCGGGAUAAAGAGGCCUCCAAAAAGACAUCCACACAGCCAGCAGCACAAAAACCGGUGGCAUCAGAGAGUGCUUCAGAUAUUGAUACCAUAGUACCAUUAAACCCUGAAGGACAGAUGUAUGCAGAAGCCAGAACCUACGUGGUGAUUGAGAUAGCGUUAGACAAACCCCUGGUUCCAAAGAGACCACCAGAAGAGCUUGCCAAGAGAGUAGCAGAGCUGAUUCCUCCUCGGCCUCCCAUGCCUCGUCGUCUUGUUGGAGCAGACAGGGCAGUGCAGGACUACCACGGGCAGGUGGGGGGCGUGGCGAGGCUGGUGCUGGAACAGUAUCAGGAGCUGUUCGGGGGAGCUCUGGCACAGGGAGAGCUGCCCUUGGACGUGCUUGCCCAAGAGGAACGCAAGACGAAACUCCUGGGAGAGCUCAACUACUCGGGGAAGUACUUCGCUUUCAAGGAGCAGAUGAAGUACUCGGUGGUGAGGAUUGUCAGGGAGAAGAUGCUGCGGACAGAAGGCUUCUCUGACCGGGAGCAGCACCAGGCCUUCCUCAGCCAGCUCUACGUGUUCCUGGUGGACGAGAUGCACGUUGCCCUCAACAAGACCCUAUCAGUGGAUGUCCAGGAGUCUGAACCACAGCCUCUCCUAGACUGUCCUCAGCUAAAACACUUUGCCAUGGAGGCACAGAUAAACCAGGACUACCAGCUUGCUGCCCAGUACUACCAGGAAAGGCUGGCCCGGGACCGCAGUAACCCUGCUCACUGGUUUGACUAUGGAGCGUUCUUAAUGCUCACCUCAGACUAUUCCAAGGCAGAAGAGUGCUUCCACCAGGCAGUGGCCUUAGAUCAGAGACACCUGCCAAGCCUCCUGCUGUGUGGGAUCCUGGCAGAGAUGGGAGGGAGGCAUGAAGACACAGAGACCUUCUUUGAAGACGCCACCUGUGUGGACCCCUCCAGUGUGAUCGCCUGGACUCUGUUUGGGCUGUUCUACGAAGGGCAAGAAAAUGCAAUACAGGCAGAGAUGGCCUUUCUGGAAGCCAAUAAACAGCUGAAGGCAGCGUCGCAGGUGACUGUGAUCUGUGCACCCCAGGCUGAAGAUGAACAGGGCACUGAGCGAUCAGAGGGGGCUCCUGCACAGGAGGCCCAGGAACCUGCAGAGAUUGAAUCGGACAUCCAGAGACAGGAGGAAAGAGGUGCCGAGGCAGAAACGGAGAGCGUGGCUGCUGUCUCUGAGCACAGUCAGGGGGAUGGAGCUGCAGUGCCAGAGCCUGACCUGCCUGUGUCCAAGCCCCCAGAAAGCAGUAGCCUCAGACCUACCACCACUAUCUUCAUGGAGACUGUACACUUCCUACUGCAGACCAACGCCCUUCAGAUGGCUCAACGCGCGCUGGCUCAGGAGCUGCUGUGUCCGGACGGAGGGCCCAGCAGUUCCUAUCAUGUCGCCCUGGCCAGACUUCACCUCCAGAGAGGGGAGUUUGAUGACGCUGAUAAGAAUCUACAGGAGGCACUACAGGACAGCUUUGAGAACCCAGAUGUCUGGGCUCUUUCCGGACACCUUCAUUACCUGACGGGGAAUUUCAGCAAGGCUCGGCAAUGUUAUGAGAGAACCCUGGACUUUGUGACAGACGCCACUGAUAUUCAUCCCAUCUACCUCAGGCUUGGCACCAUCUACCUGCAGGAAAAGCAGUUUGAGCAGGCCAAGCGCAUCUACCUGAGGGCCUGCAGAGACUCCCCCUCCUGCCUGACCUGGCUGGGGCUUGGUAUCGCCUGCUACAGGCUGGAGGAGCUGACGGAGGCAGAAGAUGCUCUUACAGAAGCCAACACCCUGCAUAAUGCCAACCCUGAAGUGUGGGGCUACCUGUCCCUUGUCUGUCUGAAGACUGGCAGACAUCUGGAAGCAGAGCAGUCCUACAAAUACACCAUAAAGCUGAACCUGCGGAACGGAGCUCUUCUGCAGGAGAUCCAUGAGCUACAGGAGCGUGUUGGCUUUGGAAACCCCUCCUUCUGAACAUGCUGAAGCAGAUCAGGAAGAUAUUUACAGUAACUGUCUGGGAUUAUGUUCUGUGUUGUUAAUACAGUGGUUAGUGAACAACUCCAGUCUUGGAGAACUCCAGUGCAGAAAGAGAUCAUCCAGGCGUCCUGUUACUGAGUUUUACAUCUAUGCAUGGUCAUAAACGACGAUAAAUGCAGUCUUUUUAAAAUAAAUAUUAUUUACAAGGUC